AUGGCCCAGCAACCUGACGGGGAGCCAUUCGUUUCCUCCCUCUGGACGAGGUCACUAAUCUCCGGAGCAAUCGCAGGACUAACAGUUGACUGCUCCCUCUACCCACUGGAUACAAUCAAAACCCGCCUCCAAAAAGCACGCGACCCCCUCGCACCAGCAGCAGCCCGCCUCUCUCUCCACCAAACCAUCCGCGGCAUCUACGCAGGCCUCCCCUCCGUCCUCUUCGGGUCCGCCCCCUCAGCAGCCUCCUUCUUCAUCGUCUACGAUGGCGUCAAGCGCACCCUCCUCCCACCCGGAGGCUCAACCCAACCCCAAUCGAGAACCCACAUAAUCCUCACACACUCCCUCGCCUCAUCCUUAGGCGAGAUAGCCGCCUGCGCCGUCCGCGUACCCACAGAAGUAAUCAAACAGCGCGCCCAAGCCGGCCUCUUCGGCGGAUCAAGUCUCGCCGCCCUAAAGGAUAUCCUCUCCCUCCGCCAUGCUGCGCCAGCGUCCGCCGCAAAGCGCGGCUACGGCCAAGUCGUACGCGAACUCUACCGCGGUGCGGGUAUAACCAUCGCGCGCGAAAUUCCCUUCACAGUGCUCCAAUUCACGAUGUGGGAAUCGAUGAAGGAAGCUUAUGCAAAGCGCUAUCUGCGUCCCGUCGGUUCUGCGUCUUCCGUGACUGAAACGCAGAUUCCGGCUUCGACGAGUGCUAUGUUUGGUAGUGUGGCUGGAGCGAUUGCGGCUGGUUUGACGACUCCGUUGGAUGUAAUUAAGACGCGGGUCAUGCUUGCGCGCAGGGGGGAUGGCGCUGGUGCGCCGGUUGGGGUUAAGGAGAUUGUUCAGGGUAUUGCACGUGAGGGGCCUGGGGCUUUCUGGAGGGGUAUUACGCCGCGUGUUACUUGGAUUGGUAUUGGUGGUGCUGUUUUCUUGGGCAGUUAUCAGGUCACCUAUGUACUUCCUCUGCCAGAUGCUCCAGGCGGGCAUCGGCUGGGGGUCAAUGGCCUGACCGUUGACCGUCAGAACUCCAUCCUGUACUCCGCGGGACGCGACGGCGUCAUCUGUUCGUGGGAUCUCGAUUUCCCCCUACCUUCCUCGUUUACCCCAACAGAACUCUCCGGCUCGAGCCAGAAGCCCAGCCCAACUGGCUUCAAGACGCAGGUGCAAGCCCACAGCCACUGGAUCAACGAUAUCGUCUUGGCACAGGAUAACUCUGCGCUCGUCUCCGCUUCGUCCGACACGACCGUGCGACUCUGGCGCCCGCAUUCCGAGUCCACUGAUGUCCCGGAGCGCAUUGGAAAACAUACGGAUUAUGUCAAGGCCUUGGCAAGUCCGGGUGGGCAUGCUACCUGGGUUGCGUCCGGUGGUCUGGAUCAUAAACUCUAUCUAUGGGAUCUGAAUGGCGGUGGAGAGAUAUUGAAUAUUGAUGCUGGCGGCGAAGAUGCUACCGAGAAAGGCUCUGUUUACGCUCUCGGUGCUGUUUCCUCGGUCCUUGCUAGCGGUGGUCCGGAGAAUGUCGUCCGAGUAUGGGAUCCCAGGUCUGGGAAGCUGGUGACCAAGUUCGUUGGACAUACGGAUAACAUCCGUGAUAUCAUGGUUAAUCAAUCGGGUGAUACGAUCAUGACUGCCUCAUCAGACCAAACCAUCAAGAUUUGGUCUCUUACAGCAGGACGAUGCAUGAACACCCUGACCAUGCACAACGAUAGCGUGUGGUCUCUCUACUCAGACCACCCCGAUCUAUCAGUCUUCUAUUCCAGCGAUCGAUCCGGCUUAGUUGCGAAGACAGAUACUCGAGGCUCCCCCGAUCCCGAGCAAGGCACUUGCGUCGCCGCACUACAAGAACAUGAGGGAGUUGUCAAGGUCGUGGCAGCAGGCGACUACAUCUGGACCGCCACUCCCAAAUCGAGCAUCAAUCGCUGGAGAGAUGUCGAUACCACACUUGACAUUGAGCCACCGCCUGAUCCUGCACCUACCAUAGAAUCCACCGCAGCGCCUGCCAAAUCGACUGAAAAGGGACCCAAGAAGAUUCCAUUCAAUGCUGCUCUUCAACUCUCGGCUACUUCAACGCUUCUUGGUAGCUCUACCCCUAAUGGGAGCUCCCCAGAGCCCAAUUUGGAAGCAAUCGGUUUAACAAUCCCGGUUCAUUCGUUACCCGAGGAAACAAUCGAGGGCCAGCAUGGCUUAAUCAAGUGUCUCAUGUUGAAUGACCGCAUGCACACACUCACUCAGGACUCUGCAGGAGAAGUUGUGCUUUGGGAUCUGCUAAAGUGUGUUCCGGUCAAGACAUUUGGCAAGCGUCAUAUCGAUGAUGUUGCGUCAGAAGUCAACACCACUGAGAGUAUUGCACAUUGGUGUACAAUUGAUGUACGCACUGGUCGACUGUCGGUUAUUCUGGAACCCAAUCGUUGUUUCGAUGCAGAGGUCUAUGCCGACUGCACCGAUUUGACGCCAUCUGACAUGGCUGAGUUUAGAGAGGAUCAGCGACUUAAUCUUGGCAAAUGGAUUUUGCGAUGGCUCUUUGCUCCGGUAGUGGAUGAGGAAAUUCGCAGAGACAACGAGUACCGUCAAGCUGCUAUAGCCAAGGCAGAAGAAAAUGCUCGACAGAACGCCAUAAGUACAUCCGUGCCGGCAGAUGACGUCCCUCGCAGCAUUGGAAUCCCUAUUUCGAAUCCCCAUUCCACAUGGACCUUGCGUCCUAGUGCGGACUUCCCUGCCAGCCCCAGCACCGGUUUCGGAAUCAAUGUUGGCACACCCUCGUCAAAUUACUUGAGCACCUCCAUGCAGAGCAACUCUCCGUUCCCUAUGUUUGAGCCAGAUACGCCCGAUCCUUUGGGGCCUACACAGUCGCACCUUGAUGGCGGACCAUCCUCCUUCUCUGAUCGGAGUGAUUACUUCUCAAAUAGACCAACGCUGCAAACCACAGAAACAUCUAUUAUGUCACCCUUACCCUCGGAAGGGGCCUCCAAUCCAGGUGUUCCUCAGUCUCCCGCAGAGCCUGACAAGGAGGAGCGCAAGAAGGGCGGAUCUCUCUUUUCCAAGAAAUUCCGAAUGGACUUCCCCAAGAAGUUGACUCGCACUUCUACUGAUACGAAGCCUCAAAUCCUCGAAGAGAAGGCAGAAGAAUCUGAGAUCUCUUCUGUCAAGGAGGAGAAGGUGUAUGAGCCCAAUCUCUGUGGUGUGAUUGAUCGGAUCCGUCAUGACUAUGAGGAAUACCUGUCUACAAAUUCCAACCUUGACCUGGAGACGGCUAUUACACCCAGUCCCGAGAAUGAAACACCCCGGUUGGAAAUUCCUUCUCGGGUUGCGGUUUUCAUUCAGGAGGAAACAGGUGAUACUGCAGUUGCUUCAGACCUCUACCGAGGCAGUGUGGAUCGGAUUGGCGAGGAUCUUGAGAGGCUCAAGAAAUCAAUUCCCCAUUGGCUUGGCGAGCUUCUUCUCAAGAAUCAAAUUCCCUUCAAGGAACAAGUCAAGAUUGCAUUCGUGUUGAAACCCUUCGAUGAUUCCCUGCCACCAGUUGUCAAACCGGAACCACCGACCAUGAAUGGUGCACCACCCCCAAGCAACUUGAACCCCAACACCAGCGGUUCCCGGUUGAAUGCCAACCGCAUGCUCCGGGCCAAGAAGGUUCUUGCUUACGUUGCAGAGCGCAUCGACCCUGCAAACCCGGAUGACCCCGAGGAGUCUGUGAUGCCCCCGGAGGAGUAUCUCGAGCUAUACUGCCAAAAGACUCUCUGUCCACCGAACAUGACCCUUGCAACAAUCCGCACGUGCUUGUGGCGCACCUCAGGAGACAUGAUCCUCUACUACAAAGCAAACGGCAAGAAAGAAAUCCACCCGCCCCGUUCUCUAUUAGGCCUUGACGACAACCCAACUCCCGUAGGUGCAGCUAAUGGCACAAAUGGCGAUAGCCACGCACCCCCGGGUAGCAUUCACUCAGUGACCAACUCGGGAUCUAUUGCCGGCUCCGUCGUCACCUAG